AUGAACUGGCCAUUUCAUUGCUUAGCUUUUGCUCUUUCUCCAAAAUAUUAUGAUAAAGCCUAUCUUGCAACUCCUGCUCCUAGUGGUGGUCAAAGGAAAGCUCCAAACGAGGACACUGAAGUUAUCCAGGGUGUUAUGGAUGCUCUGAAUAGAAUCGCAGAAGAUGAAAAUGAGUUUGCUCUUUUGCGUGAGGAGUUUAACACCUUUAUAAUGAAGAAAGGUUUGUUUGCAAUGGCAGUUGUUCAAGCUGAUGCUGCCACUAUGAAUGCCAUAGAUUGGUGGUUCAAUUAUGGUGCACAAACUCCACAUUUAAAUGAGGUGGCAAAGAAAGUAUUGUCUCAGCCAAUAAGUAGCUCCUCUGCUGAAAGAAACUGGAGUACCUACUCAUUCAUACAUAGUGUGAAGAGAAACCCUCUGAACGCAAAGACAGCUGAUAAACUUGUCUACAUUCAUGCAAAUGAGCGUCUUAAGAGAAGGUUUUCAGAGGGCUAUAAUUCAGGUCCACAUUAUAAGUGGGAUGUUGAUCCUGAUAAUAGUUUGUUGGAGGAUUCAAGCUUGAAGCUUGAGCAGCUGCGUUGGGCUAGCUUGGAGGAUGAACCUGCUGAAGUUGAACCACCAAGAAAAGUUCGGAGGACUUGA